GCCGGGCGCCCGGCACCCACCGGCGCCCCGAGCCUGGCUCUAAAGCGCCGCGCGCCGCGCCGUGCCCGCAGUGAGCCGGGGAGCCAUGGCCGCCGCCGCGCAGUACCUGCCCCGCAGCGCCCCGCUGCACCCCGACGCCGACCGCCUGCACCAGGGCACCACCUACCGCGAGGUGCAGAAGAUGAUGCACCACGAGUACCUGCAGGGCCUGGCCGGCGGCUCCGGCCACCCCAUGAGCCUCGCCCACCACCAGUGGCUGCCCGGCGCCGGCGCCGGCUCCGGCCCCGGCUCCGGCUCCGACUGGGGCAGCGGCUCCCACCUGGGCCCGGCCGAGCACGGCAAGGGCAGCGUGCAGGGGGCGGCCCGGGAGGAGCUGCCCGGCGCCUUCCACCCGCGCGCCCACCUGGUGCACCAGCAGGCGCCCGGCAGCCACCCGGCCUGGGCGCAGGGCAGCGGGCACCACCUGGCGCCCAUGUCCCCCACGUCCAGCGGGCACCAGCCGCUGCUCUACUCCCAGCCCGCCUACGCCAACCUGAACGGCAUGCUGGGCCCCCCGGCGCCCGCCCUGCACCACGGCCUGCGGGACCCCCUGGGCCACGAGGAGGCGGCCGGGCUGCACGACCCCCAGCUGGAGGCCUCCCCGCAGCACCUGGGCCACCCGCAGGAGCACUCGGACGAGGACGCGCCCAGCUCCGACGACCUGGAGCAGUUCGCCAAGCAGUUCAAGCAGCGGCGGAUCAAGCUGGGCUUCACCCAGGCGGACGUGGGCCUGGCGCUGGGCACCCUGUACGGGAACGUCUUCUCGCAGACCACCAUCUGCCGGUUCGAGGCGCUGCAGCUCAGCUUCAAGAACAUGUGCAAGCUCAAGCCGCUGCUCAACAAGUGGCUGGAGGAGACCGACUCCAGCACGGGCAGCCCCACCAACCUGGACAAGAUCGCGGCGCAGGGCCGCAAGCGCAAGAAGCGCACCUCCAUCGAGGUGGGCGUGAAGGGCGCCCUGGAGAACCACUUCCUCAAGUGCCCCAAGCCCUCGGCCCACGAGAUCACCUCGCUGGCGGACAGUCUGCAGCUGGAGAAGGAGGUGGUGCGGGUCUGGUUCUGCAACCGGCGGCAGAAGGAGAAGCGCAUGACGCCGGCCGGGGUCCCGCACCCGCCCAUGGAGGAUGUUUACGCGCAGGCGGAGACCUCGCCGCUGCACCACCCGCUGCAGAGCUCGGUGCAGUGACUGGGCGGCGGGGCAGGGGGCUAGGGGCGGGGGCAGCGCUGGAGUUACAGUGGGGGCCCAGGAGCCAGGGACUGCGGGGAGGCCGCGGGCAGAAGGGACCCGAACCCCGCCAGCGGC